AUGCACAGCCAGAACCCUGUCCUCAUCCACAGAGAUCUCAAGGUCAAAAACAUCCUCCUUGCAGCUCCCAACCUCUACAAGCUCUGUGACUUCGGAUCCACCACCACCCCGGCACCCCGGCCACCCCAGUCAUCCGCCAAAAUCAGAGCACUUGAGGCCGAUCUCAGCAAACACACCACCCUCCAGUACCGCGCACCAGAGAUGGCCGACAUCUGGAGUCAGAAGGGCGUCUCCGAGAAAGCUGAUAUCUGGGCCCUCGGCGUCUCCCUCUACAAGCUCUGCUAUUACACCACCCCCUUCGAAGCCAAUGGGCCAGUGGCCAUCGUCAACGUCCAAUACCAGAUCCCGUCCUAUCCGGCCUACAGCAACUCGAUCAAGUACCUCAUUGAGACCCGGUCGAUCGACCAAGGCGGCAGCGUCCGUAGUUAG